AUGAGAACAAGUAAGAAGAAAACCUCUUUAAAUAAUAAUAUUAAUAAAAGAAUGAAAAGUAAUUAUAAUAGAAAUAAUGGUGAUGAUAUAGAUAUAGACAUGGAUAUAGACAAUGAAAGUGACAACAACAAUAAUAAUAGUAAUAGUAACAGAAGUGAGGAUAUUAUGAUAGACAAUGAAAGUUAUGAUUUUAAGUUUAGCCAAUGUUUUGGUGAUAAAACAGAUAUUGUAGUAACUGAAGCAGAUAUUAUCACAGCUGUUGAAUUUAAUCAUACAGGUGAUUACUUAGCUACUGGUGAUAAAGGUGGUAGAGUUGUCUUAUUUCAAAGAAACCAUAAUGUAAAUACUUCUUCAUCAUCCAAUUAUACUUCUACUGUGACUGCUGUUUCGAAACAUGCAGACCAUAAUAGUAGCAACAAUUGUGAAUAUAAAUUUUUGACAGAAUUUCAAUCACAUGACGCCGAGUUUGAUUAUCUAAAGUCUUUAGAGAUUGAAGAAAAAAUUAAUCAAAUUAAAUGGUUAAAACCUAUACAAAAAUCCCAUUUUUUACUAUCUACUAAUGACAAAACAAUUAAAUUAUGGAAGAUCUACGAAAAGAAUAUCAAAUUAGUUUCACAAAAUAACAACAUUAGUAAUAAUAAUAAUCUUUUAUCAAUAGAUCAUGGUACCAAACAUGCACAAUCUGUAAUAUUAUCUUUAGAAAAUUUAAAAUUACCCAAAUUAUCAAAACAUGAUACCAUAAUUGCUGCUACACCGAAAAAAAUAUACAGUAAUGCACAUACUUAUCACAUCAAUUCAAUUUCUACAAAUAGUGAUCAAGAAACAUUUUUAUCGGCUGAUGACUUAAGAAUUAAUCUGUGGAAUCUAAGUAUACCAAACCAAUCGUUCAAUAUUGUAGAUAUUAAACCAACUAAUAUGGAAGAAUUGACUGAAGUUAUUACUUGUGCAGAGUUCCAUCCAAUUAAUUGUAAUUAUUUCAUGUAUUCUUCUUCUAAAGGUACAGUGAAAUUAUGUGAUAUGAGAAUCAAUUCUCUGUGUGACAAUUUUUCCUCAACUUCCUCAAACUCAAACACAAAAAUCUUCGAAGAAUAUAUCGAUCCAAUUAAUCAUAAUUUUUUCACAGAGAUCACGUCGUCUAUAUCUGAUAUAAAAUUUAGUCCCAAUGGUAGAUACAUAGUAUCGAGAGAUUAUUUAACAGUAAAAAUCUGGGAUAUUAAUAUGAAUAACAAACCAUUGAAAACUAUAAACGUUCAUGACCAACUAAAAGAAAGAUUGAGUGACACAUAUGAGAACGAUGCAAUUUUUGAUAAAUUCGAAGCCAAUUUCAACGGUAAGAGUAAUUCGAUAAUUACUGGUACCUAUAAUAGUCAAUUUAUGAUAUAUCCAAACGUUUUAGAUCCAUCAUCACAUGAGAAGCAUAAUAAUACUAAUAAUAAUGGUAAUGGUACAUCCAACGAAAUCGUACUACAAGCAGAUAAAACAGCAUUUAGAAACAAAUCAUACUAUAAUAAGUCAUCUUAUAACAAUGUAGUUAAAGAAUGGGGUGAUGAUAUAGAUUUUAAGAAAUCUAUAUUACAUUUCUCGUGGCAUCCAAGAGAAAAUUCGAUUGCUGUUGCAGCAACCAAUAACCUUUUUAUAUUUUCUGCAUUGUGA